CUAUGUGAGAACAAUUCUGUAAUACCGAUACAUACAAGAAUAGAACUAGACAUGUUUGGGUCACGGCCGGCCCCGUUGAUGAUAUGCCAUAAUAUUUGCAUUUGGUCUAUUGCUGCUUUUUCUGAUCAUUGCCCCUUUGGCUCUUUUCAUUCCUUUUUGUCUGUCUUUCUUUUCUUCUUUCUUUCUUUCUCUUUUUUUCAUUUUUUCUCUCUUUUCCACCUUCUCUCUCUUUCUACACUCUUUUCUCCCUACCCAUACUCUGUACCUGACAUAACUCCCCCACGCAUCCCUCCCUAUGUUUACUCUGUGUCUCCCCCAAUGAAUUCACCCAUCUCAAGUAUCUCCCUCUGAUCCAUCACAUCGACAUGGCCAUAUGGCCCUGGAGUCGCAAGAAUAAGCGGCACACCAUUCAGCUCGGAGAUCCUGAAACCGCCACUACAGCCUCACAGCCUGUCCCUGAAAUGGCCUCCUUUGCGCCCGAUGUUGAGCCUCGCCUGACUCGCAAGAAAUCUAAGCGUCA